AUGUCAACAAGUGGAAUUGCCGCAUGCCUUUUGAAUGAAGGGCGAACGGCACAUUCAGCUCUUGCUAUUCCUUUACAGUUGCACGAUGCAUCAAUUUGUAACAUUAGUACCCAAUCUACAUUAGGUCAAAGCUUAUGUGAAGUACAAUUGAUUGUACUUGAUGAAACUUGUGCUGGGCAUCGUUUUAUGUUUGAAGCUAUAGACAGAUCAUUGCGAGAUAUACGCAAUAUAAAUAGUCCAAAUGGUGGUGUUGUAGUAUUAUAUGGCGGUGAUUUUCACCAAACUUUGCCUGUAGUUGUACGUGGAGGUCGCAAGCAAACUGUUCAAGCUUGCUUGCGACAUUCAUACCUAUUUCCACUAAUGCAACAUUUUCAUUUGACCACUAACAUGCAUUUGCAAAGUCAACCGGACUUUCAACGAUUUUUGUUAGAUAUUGGUGAGGGCAAAACCGGUCCAAAGGUAGAUUUACCGCUAGGAUUAGUUGCUCCUGGAAAUUCUUUAGAUGGUCUCAUUGAUGCUAUUUUUGAUGAUCCGGUUGAUUUUUUUGAGCGCGUCAUUUUGGCUGUCCGGAAUGAUGAUGCCCAAGAAAUCAACCGAAAAAUCACCGAUCGUAUACCUGGUGAUGUGCAUCAAUGUUUUAGUGCUGAUUUUGUUCACGAGAAUGAUGAACAUGCCCAUCAUUACCCAGUAGAGUUUUUGAAUUCUUUACAAUUGAGCGGUUUGCCUCCUCACCAAUUAAGUCUUAAAUGUGGCCAAUAUUUGAUGUUGCUAAGGAACUUGAAUCCGGCAAAAGGUUUGUGCAAUGGUAGUCAUUUGCGUCUUUUGCAAGUGUCUUCCAGUGUGUUGUUAUGUAAAAUUGUAGAAGGACGCUAUCGUAGCCAAGAGGGCCAAUCAUAUGAUCGAGUUGGCAUUUAUCUUCGCAAUGAAGUAUUUAGCCAUGGUCAAUUAUAUGUGGCAUUGUCUCGUGGUAGACAUCCUGCAAACAUUAAGGUUGCCAAUGACAACAAUGAAGCCGUAGGAACAGUUAAAAACAUUGUUUAUCAUGAGGUUUUUACAUGA